AGUUCUUUAGUCAUGACCUCAGGCCUGGAGUUCUGGGGUCUAUCUCGUCCCUCACCCCACCUUCAGAGAUGUUUGGGUAGGUGCAGUCGUGCUCUGCUGCUUUAAAGCAAGGAUCUGAGCCGUGUGCAUUCGGAGCCGUGUGCUGGUUGAAUUGCAGAGACGAGCUCUGUAUUGAGUGGUUGUUCUGUCAGCUACUGAACCGAUGAGAGUACCCAAGCAAAGCCAGCACUUCCAGUCUUGCUUCUUACUGCAGCGGUGUCUCUCGGAUUCCUUCAGAAGGCAUAGAAUUAUUCACGUUGAAUAUCUGAGAACAACAGCCAUGCAUGUUGAGUGUGAAGCUUGCUGUGCAAUUGUGUGUAGGGGAAAACAAACUGCUGGCUAGAUGAGGAUAUUUUACAGGAGGGACUGAGUGCUGUGUCAUUGGAAAAGAAAUAUGUGGAGUGCUGAGCUGUUCUGUACCAAAUCUCCUCCAGCCCUGCUGUCCUGUGGCUGCUGGAUCCCUCCCAGGCAGGCUGUUGGGGACUGUGUUUACUCUGAAUGUCAGCCAGGAGCCUCAGAGCAAAUGAAGCAAUACUCCAACCCCUGAAGCACCAACAGGCAGCUGCUGGGAGCUCCCUCUGCAUGUGUAGGACACUGCCUCUUUCAGAGGAGUGGAGUGCUCCAGGAUGCCUGCUUUGAGCAGUGACUGUGCUGUGGGAUUUCAGUUGCUGAGGGUUUGUAGUGACAGGAGAGUUAAAAUGUUUUUAUUUUCCUCUCCUCUGAGUUCUCCUACAGUGUCAUCAUACCACAGAAGAUGUGGAUUGGGUUGGUGCUGCCUUGUCCCUGAUUCAUGGCUCAUCAGGGAGGUGUCUGUAUUAGAGACUGUAUUGGGGAAAAUUAAACUUCCUUAUUUUCCUGUAGGCAUACUGUCUUCAAAGCAUGCUAGAAGGACUGGCUUCAUUGCUGUUUUGUUAUGGAGAUGAACAUGACAAGCUGAGCUUCUCCAAAAAAGGCUUGGGAGGUGCAAGUCUGAGAGCACUUGUGUCUCUGAUCUCCAGAACAGACCAGCAAUGCCAUCAGUUAUGGAGAACUCAGAAGGAGGAGAUGAAGGGGAAAGCUUACGCUAUGAGGAAAUGGAAGACGACAACGUCAGCCCGACUGACCUUUCAGAGCUGCUGAAGGAGGGGACUAAGGAGUCCCACGACCGUGCAGAGAAUACUCAGUUUGUCAAAGACUUCCUGAAAGGACGGAUCAAGAAGGAGCUCUUCAAGCUGGCUACCACAGCACUUUACUUCACAUACAGUGCUUUGGAAGAGGAAAUGGAUCGCAAUAAGGACAACCCAGUGUUUGCUCCUCUGUAUUUCCCUCUAGAGCUUCACCGGAAAGAAGCGUUGAUUAAAGACAUGAAAUAUUUCUAUGGGGAAGAUUGGAAAGAGAAGAUACAGUGUUCAGAUGCAACUCAGCAAUAUGUGGACAGAAUCCAUCAUGUGGGACAGCAUGAGCCUGAGUUGCUGGUGGCUCAUGCUUACACACGCUACAUGGGGGACCUCUCAGGUGGCCAAGUGCUGAAGAAGGUAGCCCAGAGGGCCCUCAAGUUGCCCAUUACUGAGGAAGGGAUCCAGUUCUACACGUUUGAGAACAUUUCCAAUGCACAGAAGUUCAAGCAGCUGUAUAGAGCAAGGCUGAAUGCUCUAGACUUGGACAAGAACUGCAAGGAACGGAUCGUGGAAGAGGCCAACAGAGCUUUCAGAUUUAACAUGGAGGUGUUUGAUGAACUGGACAAGAUCGGCCAGUCGCUGGUGGAAGAAGCCCAGGAUGGAGGUGUUCCAGUUCACGACGGGAAAGGAGACGUACGCAAAUGCCCUUACUAUGCAGACAAGCUGGCAGGCAGUGCAGCAGCUGGCUGUCCCUAUCACACUGCUGUGGCCUUGGCAAAGCAGCCCAUCGUGCAGCUGAUCCUGGCGGCUUGUGUUGCUGUGGCAGCAGGAGUUGCAGCGUGGUAUGUGAUGUGAUGCCAAGCCUGGCUCCUGGCCCUAUGUGGUGGUGAGGGAAGAGACACCCUGCCCUUGUUCCAACUCCUCCCUUGCUGCUGGUGGAGUGACUGCGGGGAAAUAAAGCAGGGAGAGGUUAAAAAUCCAGGGGGACUAUCCAAGACUUCUUGCACACCAAUAAUGCAAGCACUGUAAUGCAAUGUCUUUAGCUAACUAGUGUACGGAACUGAUCUGGUAAGAGGAUGUGAAGAUUCCAGUUCAACACUGCUCUAUGCUGGCUGGAGCAGCUUUUAAAGCUAGAGAUGUCUUGUCCUGCAGUGGCAAAGCCUUCACGUGCUUGGCUUUUCUUUGGCUGGAGCAGUCUGUGGAGGGAAUUUCCUGCCCUGGGCUGCAACCCAAGAAUGUGUCGUCGGUCUUCUCAGAGAAGAGUACUCAAGUUUCCUACCCUGAGAAACAAACAUUUGUCAUACUCUGACUAUGCUGUGGGUCCGUUAGCUCAAAGGAGUGACCCAGGGACCAAGCAUAACUCGUGUUGGAUGGAGCUUACUGGGUGAGGGGACAGGACCAAAUGUGUGGGUUGCUGGUAUGAAGGUGUCAAAUGUACAUUGUGCAACAUCGAUUUAUAUUUGCUGAAGCCUUGAUUGGAAUAAAAAGCUGCUGUGCUGUA